AUGUCGAAAAUUUCUUAUUUUGUAUUUCUAACUUUGUGUUUGAUUGGCCACAUGGAAGCCAAAUGUAUUGCCAAUUUGCCAUCAACUGAAAUGAUGGCAACAUCCACAAUUGAGACUUCAAUUGUGACAGAAUCGACUACUCUCUCAACUACUCAGCUAGCUACAGAAAACAAUUGUCCAGUUAGUCAGGCGAAGUGCCCAGACCUAUUGAAAGAAGAAGUGGUUCAGCUUCCAAUGACGAUCGAAAAGGUUGAUGGCUGCGAUGUGUUCGUCUGUCCCGAGAACACAUUGCCAUAUGUUCUUGGAUCAUAUGAAGGAAGCGAACUGCCAAAAGCUGAUAAUGGUGAAAAAGAUUUUCUAAUCCCACCUCCAUUGUCUAUGGCAGAUUUGGGUGGCGGCACCAUAAAUGAUUACUAUGGACUCACAUGUGAAAACAAUUUGCUGACGGCCUCGAAAUAUCCACGUGGAAUUAAUCCGGGCUUGAAAAAUGAGACUGUUUGCGGAGAUGGAUCGUUGAACGGGAAAAAAGGGCUUCUCACCUCAAUAAGAUGGCGAGUUGACUUCAAUUAA